AUGUUGGUAAAAACCGAAAUAUAUUUAUUAAUUUCAAAUAUUAUAAAAACUAUUCAUAAUUCUAUCUUUAUUUUUUAUUUUUUAUUAUUUCUAUCUAUCUAUCUAUCUAUCUAUCUAUCUAUCUAUCAUCUCCUUUUUUGGAUCGACUAUAUUUUCUAUCUUCUUUUUCUCGUGUCUGUCUGUCCGUCUAUCUUUCUUUUCUAUUUGCACGAUCGUAUCUUUCAAUAUAUUCUUUCUAACUUUUUUCUUUCAUUUUCACAGUCAUAUAUUUCAACUUAUUCUUUCUUUCUGUUUUUCUUUCUUUUUUUUUCAUGUCUGUAUAUUUCACGAUAUUUUUUCUUUUUUCUUUCUUUCAUUCUUUCUUCCGUACUUUCUCGUCCUCUUUCUUUCUUUCUUUUUCAUUCUCGAAUCUUUCAAUAUAUUCUUUUUUUCAUUUUCAUGCUCGGAGAUUUCAAUGUAUUAUUUAUUGUUUUUUUCCCUUUUUUCUUUUUUCAUGUCCGUAUCUUUCACUAUAUUCUUUAUUUCAUUCUUUCUAUUAUUUUUUUUCUUAAUUCUCGCCCACAUAUCUUUCUUUCUUUCUUUUUAAAUCACUUUUCUUUCUCUCUUUCUUUUUCACGCUCGUAUCUUUCAAUACAUUCUUUCUUUUUAUCUUUUUUUAAUUUUCAUGCUCUAUCUUUCGUUAUAUUCUUUCUUUCUUUCUUUCUUUCUUUCUCCCUCUCAUAUUUUUUCUUUAUUUAUUUAUUUUUUUUACACAUGUUUCUUUCUUUCUUUCUUUUUUCUAGCACUAAUCUUUCAAUAUAUUCUUUCUUUCUGUUUUUCUUUCUUUCUUUUUCAUGCCUGUAUCUUUCACUAUAUUUUUUCUUUCUUUUAUUCUUUCUUUCUUUCUCCCUCACUAUCUCGCCACCAUAUUUUUCUUUAUUUCUUUUAUUUUUCACUCUCAAAUCUUUCAAUAUAUUCUUUCUUUCAUUUUCAUGCUCGGAGAUUUCAAUGUAUUAUUUAUUGCUUUUUUCCUUUCUUUCUUUUUCAUGUCCGUAUCUUUCACUAUAUUCUUUCUUUCUUUCUUUCUUUCUUUCUUUCUAUCAUUCGUUCUUAUUUUCUCGCCCUCAUAUCUUUCUUUCUUUCUUUUUUGCGCCUUCAUUCUUUCUUUCUUUUCCACGCUCGUAUCUUCCUUUCUGUCUUUCUUUAUUUUCCAUGUUCCUAUCUGUCAAUAUAUUCUUUCUUUAUUUCUUUUCUAUUCCCGCUCGUAUCUUUCUCUCUUUCUUUUCCACGCCUUAUCUUUCACUAUAUUCUUACUCUCUAUCUUUUUCACAUUCGUAUAUUUCUUUCUUUUUCACUGUCGUAACUUUCCAUAUAUUCUUUCUUUCUUUCUUUCUUUCUUUCUUUCUUUCUUUCUUUCUUUCUUUCUUUCUUUCUUAG